AUGGCUUCUCUCCAUGUGCCCGCAAGAUUCAAAGACGAUGGCCUCUCAUGUGCCCGCAAGAUUCAAAGACGAUGGCUUCUCUCAUGUGUCCGCAAGAUUCAAAGACGAUGGCUUCUCUCAUGUGUCCCGCAAGAUUCAAAGACGAUGGCUUCUCUCACGAAGAUUCAAAGACGAUGGCUUCUCCUUAUGUGUCCGCAAGAUUCAACGACGAUGGCUUCAAUGAUGAUCAUGUGCCCGCAAGAUUCAAAGACGAUGGCUUCUCCCCGCAUGUGGCCGCAAGAUUCAACGACGAUGGCUUCUCUCAUGUGCCCGCAAGAUUCAAAGACGAUGGCUUCUCCUCAUGUGCCCGCAAGAUUCAAAGACGAUGGUUUCUCUCAAGAUUCAAAGACGAUGGCUGCCCGCAAGAUUCAACGACGAUGGCUGGCAAGAUUCAACGACGAUGGCUCAUGUGCCCGCAAGAUUCAAAGACGAUGGCUUCUCAUGGCCGCAAGAUUCAAAGACGAUGGAUGGCUUCGCAGAUUCCGCAAGAUCGACGACGAUGGCUUUCUCUCAUGUGUCCGCAAGAUUCAAAGACGAUGGCUCCCGCAAGAUUCAACGACGAUGGCUUCUCUCAUGUGCCCGCAAGAUUCAAAAGACGAUGGCUUCUCUCAUGUGCCCGCAAGAUUCAAAGACGAUGGCUUCUCUCAUGUGUCCCGCAAGAUUCAAAGACGAUGGCUUCUCUCAAAGACGAUGUGCCCGCAAGAUUCAACGACGAUGGCUUCUCUCGCAUGUGCCCGCAAGAUUCAAAGACGAUGGCUUCUCUCAUGUGCCCGCAAGAUUCAAAGACGAUGGCUUCUCCUCAUGUGUCCGCAAGAUUCAAAGACGAUGGCUUCUCCAUGUGUCCGCAAGAUUCAAAGACGAUGGCUUCUCUCAUGUGUCCGCAAGAUUCAAAGACGAUGGCUUCAACGAUGGCUUCCCAUGGCCCGCAAGAUCUCAUGUGCCCGCAAGAUUCAAAGACGAUGGCUUCUCCUCAUGUGUCCGCAAGAUUCAAAAGACGAUGGCUUCUCCGCAAGAUUCAUGUGUCCGCAAGAUUCAAAGACGAUGGCUUCCCUGGUGUCCGCAAGAUUCAAAGACGAUGGCUUCUCUCAUGUGUCCGCAAGAUUCAAAGACGAUGGCUUCUCUCAUGUGCCCGCAAGAUUCAAAGACGAUGGCUUCUCUCAUGUGCCCGCAAGAUUCAAAGACGAUGGCUUCUCUCAGAUUCAAAGACGAUGGCUUCUCCGCAUUCAAAGACGAUGGCCUCCUCAAGAUUCAAAGACGAUGGCUUCUCUCAUGUGUCCGCAAGAUUCAACGACGAUGGCUUCUCUCAUGUGCCGCAAGAUUCAAAGAUUGGCAAAAGAUUCAAAGACGAUGGCUUCUCUCAUGUGCCCGCAAGAUUCAAAGACGAUGGCUUUCGAUGGCUCCUCAUGUGCCCGCAAGAUUCAAAGACGAUGGCUUCUCUCAUGUGUCCGCAAGAUUCAAAGACGAUGGCUUCUCUCAUGUGUCCGCAAGAUUCAAAGACGAUGGCUUCUCUUCAUGUGUCCGCAAGAUUCAAAGACGAUGGCUUCUCUCAUGUGCAGAUCCGACAAGAUUCAAGAUCUAAAGACGAUGGCUUCUCCUAUGUGUCCGCAAGAUUCAAAGACGAUGGCUUCUCUCAUGUGUCCGCAGAUGACGAUGUCAUGUGCCCGCAAGAUUCAAAGACGAUGGCUUCUCUCAUGUGCCCAAAGACGAUGGCAAAGAUUCAAAGACGAUGGCUUCUCUCAUGUGCCCGCAAGAUUCAAAGACGAUGGCUUCUCAAAGACGACGAUGGCCGCAAGAUUCAAAGACGAUGGCUUCUCUCAUGUGUCCCGCAAGAUUCAAAGACGAUGGCUUAUCCAUGUGCCCGCAAGAUUCAAAGACGAUGGCUUCAAAGACGAUGGCUUCAUGUGUCCGCAAGAUUCAACGACGAUGGCUUCUCUCAUGUGUCCGCAAGAUUCAAAGACGAUGGCUUCUCUCAUGUGCCCGCAAGAUUCAAAGACGAUGGCUUCUCUCCCGCAAGAUCAUGUGCCCGCAAGAUUCAAAGACAAAGACGAUGGCUUCUCUCAUGUGCCCGACGAAGAUUCAAAGACGAUGGCUUCUCUCAUGUGCCCGCAAGAUUCAAACGACGAUGGACGAUGGCUCUCUCAUGUGCCCGCAAGAUUCAAAGACGAUGGCUUCACCAUGUGCCCGCAAGAUUCAAAGACGAUGGCUUCUCUCAUGUGCCCGCAAGAUUCAACGACGAUGGCUUCUCAUGUGCCUGCAAGAUUCAAAGAUGGCUUCUCCAUGUGUCCACAAGAUGGCAAAGAUGGCUCAAAAGACGAUGGCUUCUCUCAUGUGGCCGCAAGAUUCAAAGACGAUGGCUUCUCUCAUGUGUCCGCAAGAUUCAAAGACGAUGGCUUAUCUCAUGUGCCGCAAGAUUCAAAGACGAUGGCUUCUCUCAUGUGGCCGCAAGAUUCAAAGACGAUGGCUUCUCUCAUGUGUCCGCAAGAUUCAAAGACGAUGCCCGCAAGAUUCCAAGACGAUUUCUCCCCAUGUGUCCGCAAGACGAUGAUGGCUUCUCUCAUGUGCCCGCAAGAUUCAAAGACGACGAUGGCUUCUCUCAUGUGCCCGCAAGAUUCAAAGACGAUGGCUUCUCUCAUGUGCCCGCAAGAUUCAACGACGAUGGCUUCUCUCAUGUGCCCGCAAGAUUCAAAGACGAUGGCUUCUCUCAUGUACCCGCAAGUUUCAACGACGAUAGCUUCUCUCGGGUGCCGCUAA